ACUAGAUGGCGGCAUGAUGAAAGGAAACUGAAAGAUACCCGAUGACACUAGCCUAUAAAAAGCCUCUCUUGCUCUUUCACUGGAAAUUAUAAAUACAGAUAAAGUAAGGCUCACUGAUUAUAUCAAUAUGCUACAAUGUGACGGUGUUCUCUGGCAUAAAAUCUCCAUAUGGCAGUGAUGAAUGCGGGCACCUUUAUCAACGUUGCGUUGUUACAGCAUCAUGGUUUCUUUUCCAAAGCUCCCGCCUAUCAUUUAGCUCUAUCCAAUCACGCCAUCUCAUCUUUUUUUGCGUUCGGCUCGGUAGGAUGGCACCCAAUGACCAGUUACAUGGAGGAAGGCUUGUGUUACGGUUUUAAUCAUAUUUAAAAAUGGCUGACACGUCACUAGCUGACAAGCUCUGCAAUGCCUCUGCCAGUGGAAAGCUACCUGAAGUGUUGUUUUUGCUGGAAAAUGGAGCAGAUGUUAAUGGAUUUAAUAAAUACACGAGAACUGCACUGCAGGUGGUGAUGUUGGGGAACACCGCCGUGGUUGAGGCUCUUCUCGCGGCGGGGGCAAACCCCAACGUACGUGACCCGGUCCUUAGCCUCACCGUGACGCACGACGCCGCACGCCAGGGAUUCAUAGACUCUGUGCGCGCGCUGGUGGAUGGCGGGGCAGAUACGAACCUCGUGGAUGAGAAAGGUAACCUGCCGCUGCACCUGGCCGCCAUGGAGGGCCAUCUGGAGGUGGUCCAGCUGCUGAUCGAACGCACCGCGAACCCUUGGACGCCCAACUAUCUGGGAUACACCGCCGGACAGCUCGCGCUCCACCACAGGAGGAUGGCCACUGUCAAAUACAUCAACGAGUAUUUGAGCUCACAGUUAGAGGAGGAGGAGGAUGAAGAUGAAACCUAAUGCUUAUGCCUGUCAGCUCUUGUAUUUUUGCUGAUAUUUUAACAUUUUACUCUAUAUUUUCUAAAAUCCUUUGUUUGUUAUAUUUCUGAAAUGACACAUGUAUGUACAUUUGCAUAUGCUGUUUGGAGAGAACGGCACAUGUUCAUAAGUUUAAAAAAAUAUGCUAAAUUGGGAUGCCAAAAUAAAAACAACAAUAACAUUGAUUAAUAUAAGGUUCAUGAUAAUGUUUGGUUCUAAUAGUUUUUUGGAUUCUGUCUUUAUCUGAGAGCCACCUUCAUAUAUUCUCUGGUAUCCUCGUGCAGCUAUUUUAUUUUCUCUGCAGCCUUAUGGUGUGACCAGUACAGACAAAGCCACAGAGAGUUAAUGCAGAGGCAUUAAGGAAGUUUCACUGCUGCUGUUAUGUUUCAACACUAAGUCAGUAACAUCUGGGAACUCUGAGUGUCAAAAUAAAUCAGAUGAUGUCAGAUCAGACUUCAGAGGAGGCUUGAAUUGUGUACAAAAUGUGACAUUGUUGCCAAAUUCCUAAUUUGUUCCAUUUAUAUACAAUGAGGAUACAGUCACUGACUGUCAGAGUGACUAUCUAUCAAAACAAUGCCUAAUAUCCACUGAGUUACUAGGUGCACCUGUAGAAUCUAAUGCAAACCAGUAAAACUGCACUACAAUAAGUCCUAUUGAGUUUAUAAUGUUCAGGCUAUUACACUGUGUCAAAGACACACUGACUCAACUCAUAUCGUCAUUUGUAAGGAUGCUGCAUUUAACUGAGAGGUUUCUCUAAUAUCUUGCUCACCGCUACUGAAAAACACCCCUCUUUCUUUCUUCUUCUGCUGGCUGAUUAAUGUGAAUGUAAAACAUUUAAAUAUUGCCAAAGCAUCAAAGGUCUUAUAAUAUGACAUAAUAAAAGACAGCAAUUAAUA